AUGAGGGAAAUUGAAGAGAAAGUUGCUGCAUCUAGCCCAGUUGUAUCGGCUUGCUCCCCUCCUGAGUCCACCCAUGCCGAUGAUCUGGCGAUACCUCUCUACCUCCUCAAAGAGGAUUUUGGCUACAGAAAGACUCUGAAACCUCGCAAACCAAGCCUGAGUUCUUGCCUGAGGUUUGAACACACACAGUCUGUUGAUCAGAUUCAGUCCAGGGAUGGAAUUUCAAAGAAGCUGCUAAAAAAGGCAAAAAGCAGGUGGACUUUUGCUGACCACAAAGGCCUGUCUCUAACCAAGGUGAAGAUCUUCUCUGAAUUUAAUGAUCUAGGUAUUCCUUUGAACAUCCAAGAGCUGCUCAACUCUGCCCUCACACUGAGGGCGGCUGAGAAGGACCAAUUGUGCUGGAUUUCACCCCAGCCGUCUGCAGAUUACCUGCUGUUUCGUCAGUGCUGGAGAGCAACUAUGUCUGCUGGAUAGCACUGCAUGUUGAAAGAAAAGGCGCUGGCGGGAACUAUUAAAGUAAAAAUCUGUCGUUUGAAAAGUCUGUGAAAGUUGCGGGUGACCUGUGACACCUGGAAAAGCCAUAAAGAUGUGGAUUUGUAUGUGAAAGACACCUAUCCAGGCUCACGCCAUGCUACUUUCUCCUUUGAGGUUGUGCUACCUGAUCAGCUGAGGCCUCAUGAGCACAUUGAAUUUUGCCAUCUGUUAUGAGUUGAUGCGGAUUACUGGGACAGCAACCAGGGAAAUAACUACAGGAUUGUUUGGUCCUCACUAAAGAGGGGCGGGCAGGACCUCUGCAACCAGGGGAGACACUCCCAUGACCUGGGAAUUCACUUUGACCGUUACGGGAGCCCAACAUGCUCCCAUGGGAUCUUCCCUGAUUGGCCAAGUUAUGCUGCAUAUGAGAAUAUUGGCCCUUACUACUGAACAUGUUUUAACAUUCACAGACACUACUGAAAGAGUGAAAUGCACAUUUUUUUUCUUGUAAUCACAAUCAUUUGGCACCCUUGCUUACGAGCUCUAUCCACCAUCAUGUGUCAUUAUUUGCUGUGUCCAUUAUUGUAUGUACAUUUUACAGUGAAUGUUCGCUAAACCAAGGGCUUCUGACUUCUGUUUUUACGAGAGUAACCUGCUGUCUUUGUUUUCUUGGCAACAAUAAAGCCUGGAUUGCUUUAAAAUGUGUCAGGGCUGGAAAUCAAACAUACAAAGGUUGAAAGUUGGCUCCUGUAACGAUGGUGCCAUAUAGGCUCACCCAAAGGGAUAGUUUUUUUUUUUUAUUUCACAAGGUGUGUGGGAUGACACAGUUUCUCAACUUUGCAGAAUCGCAGUCAUUACUCAUUUCUCUUCACAAUAUCGUGGGACCUUAAACAUAAAGAUACUCAAAAUGUGGUCCAACAUCAGUACCUGACAAUAUUCAAAAAGGCACCCAUGGGAGUAAGUAGUUAAAUGUCUUGUGAUGAAAAAUAUAUAAUUUAAAAAGACUUGGCAGAAUAUUUUGACUUUAACUACCACAUAUGUCUACCACGAUUUUAAAAAUUCGCUGAUACAGUACACAGGACAUUGGUAUGUAAAGCUGAAAGGUACAUACACUGUGCAGGUUGUAUGAUCUUGUGGUGUAUUAUGUUAUUGGCGAUGGUAUGAUCAUGAAAUGGUGUUGCAUGUUCUAAAAGUUUACAUGAGAACAUGGCAGCACAUCGGUCCUUUUUGCACACUGGAAGAUCAAGAAGAAGAAAUAGUAUUUGCUAGUGUGAGUGGUCUGUUUAUACAUGUGACGCUACAGUUUCUAUUUGUCAGUCACUCUGCUUCCAAGGGGAUUUUAUAAUAUUGAUUGUAAUGAUUUUUUUUUUCCUUUUUUUCUUUCCGUCUUUUCUUUUUUCUUUCCUUUCUUAUUUCUUUCUUUCUUCUUUUUUAAACAACCAGUUCUCACAUGUCUUGUAUGUACAGUUUUUAGGAUUAAUGCUUUCAUGGGAUGUAAUGCAUCUGUAAACAGGUGUUUGGGACUGCAAUUUUAAUAUUUAAGUUAAUAAAGGAUAAUGCUGCUCAA